CUCGGAGUGCUAUGGCCCCAAAUGCGAAGCCAACCACAGGAUGGGAAUCAGACAGGUGUCUGACCGCUUGCAGCGCCUGAAGAUUGCCUAUUCCAUGCAUUACAUCCAUCUUGCUUUUGCAUUCUUCCACGUCGUCCUGCCCUGUCUGCCUGCUGCUGUCCGUGAAGCAACCUGUCCAGCCGCUACGGAGGCCCUGAACCCCGCCCUCUUCACCUGGUCGGGGCAGUCCGCUCCUCUCGUCGUCGCGGUCAUCGUAGGGAGUGGGAUGCGGCUUCUGGCCUUUGCCCAGCUAGGCAAGAAUUUCACCUUCGUCAUCACACGGCCGUCUGGUCUGAUUCGCUCCGGCCUGUACGCCUACAUGCAGCACCCGUCAUAUACCGGGUUGGUAGUGUCGAUCCUCAGCGUUUGCGGCCUCGUCCUGCGACCAGACGGGGUCCCGGCGUGCUGGAGCCACCAGAGCCCCACGGUGCAAACACUUGUCUCCCUUAUCAUUGCUGCGGACUGGGUUUUCAUUUUGAUCUUCCUUUUCAGGACUUUUUCCAUGCGUGUCGUGAAAGAAGAAGCGUUUCUGCGCCGGAACUUUGGAAAGGAGUGGGAGGACUACCAUUUCCAAACGGCAAGGUUCAUCCCAUGGCUCUUCUAAGAAACCUCUUUUUCCCUUCCCAUUUCACAUUUCAUAAUCAGGCAUCAUGGUGCAACGAACUAUCAUUGUAACGAGGUAGGAUAGAUGGCUUGUUGGCUAUAACUGCAAAUGUCGAAUCUAGGAGCAUACAGGAUAGCUGAUAGAUACUUCGUAUUUCUCUUCUUUCUGCUGGAUCACUGAAUCUAAUAUACUGCAAGCUGUCAUUAGUUCUGACCCCGGAACGAAACAAGUAACCCAAUGAUAAGAAUGUGUCCCUACCGGACUAACGCACAAUCAAUAGCUUAUAAUAAGACGUCGGACAGAAUACGGGCUGCCAGCUGAAUCAGGUCAGAUCGACAUUCC